UCCACACAAAUGUCCUUCUAUCGCGCACGUUCACUUCUCUCCCUCUCAUUCUCCACCAUCCCCUCCCUCCGGAUGUCCUUCUCCGCCACCUCUUUCAAGCCCCAGAAAGAUGCCCACUGUUCGAGGUAUCUCUUCCGACAGCCCAGCCCCGCUGCUUCGAGAGAGAGCCCAUGGCCUGUCGUUUUUCUGAGAGCGAAGGGACUUGGUGAAGAGCCCGGAGAGUGGGCGGACUGGUCAGGCAUGUUUGCCGAGAAGGGCUACACAGCCAUCGAGAUCGACAUCACCGCCCCAACCCCUAUCGAAGACGCCGAAUCCCCUUUCGGUCAAAUGUCAAACUCUCUCUCUUCCCAGAUCCGGCUCUCCGCUAUCCCCUUCCCUCCCAUCAUCAUCGCCCGCGGCCUCUCCACCCUGCUCGCCCAGACAUUCAUCUCCGACUUUCCCGCCUCGGCUUUGGUGCUCGUCGACCCUGUGCCGGAUGAAGACCCUCGGCCAGAAGGUUUUGGUACAGCUCUUGACGGCUCGUCCAAGGGUCAAGGUUGGGCCUGGCCGAAAUUCGACUUUGAACCCCACUUCCCCAUCCUCCUCAUCUCUUCUCAGUCCCAGCUGAACGGACUUUCCGUAUCCAACCGCCUCUUGCGCACCCAUACCGGCAUUGACCCCAACAAGAAGGGGUUCCUUGGGCGUUUGGGUGGGGGUGGUGGUAAGGGCGUGGAAGUGGUCGCGGCGGAUGGGCUGGAGGGUGGUCAGUUGGGAGAGGGGGCGAGAGUGGAGGUGGAGCGGUGGAUGGACCGAUGUGGGUUCUAAGACCGGAAGGAGUAAGAAAAUACGAAAGAACGUUUUGGACCAGGCCAUAACUGCAUGAAUGUAGCAUUUGAAAGGCUAUCCAAGCAUUCACUGCUGCCCAUAGCAUCGUCUGACCCAGAUCCCAGAUAGCAAGAAUUACCCAACGCCAAUGAGCUCCUCCCCGCGUUCCUUCAGCUCGA